GUCAGGCACAUAGAAAAGCUUUUAUACAUUUACUGUACUUUUUUCUUGUUCCUUCCACUGAUGGUGUGAGACUGAUCUCUGCUCCUAUACUUUUUUUUUUUUUUUUUUAAACUGGAAAUUGCUUGCAGAUUUUUUUUUUCCAGUCUGCGUUCUUUGACCUUCAAGAGAGAGAAAGCGGAUGCGAUUGUACACUUACAUAUAUAUCCAUUCAGACAUGAAAUGGAUGUCAUUUUUCUUCAUUGUUUCCUGUCUCUUGGGGCUGGUGCAGUCACUCAUCCUUCUAGAGGAAAAAAGAGAGAGCACCAACAGUGGAAGUGUCAUCCGUUUUCCUGAGUUGCUGCCGCCCAUCUCUAUAGUGGAUUUAACAAAGGCAUCUCGGAGGGUGAGCAGAGUGGAAGCAGAAAAGAAUAAAAUGGGAAAGAGGAAAGUCCCUCCAAAAAAGAAGCCACCGCGACCACCACCUCCUCCAAAUUGUGUGCCUCUUCUAUCCAGCUGUAAACACCCGGCACCUCCCUGCUGUGAACAAUGUGCCAUUUGUCAUUGUCAAAUCUUUAAAACCAUUUGCAUCUACCGGAUGGGUUACCCACACUGUUGAGCUAUAUAAAUGAUGCACAGGCAAUGGACAAGGAAUUCAUUUUUCAAGAAAAUCAGAAGAAAAUGGGUUGACAGUAAUAAUCAAAACAUAGGCACUGAAUGUGUUAACCCAAAAGGAUUUAACUCAUAUAUAUCAGAACUUUAUGUGUAACAACAGGAGCCAGUUAAUAUUGUAAAUUUUAUAUUUAUCUGUACGGCUAGAAUUUUUUCUAA